AUGUGCUCCACGGGCGGCGGCGCGUGCGGCUGUUGCUGCGAGCCGCGGCCGCACUGCUGCCGCUGCGCCCGCGCCCGCCGCGCCUCGCCGCUCACCUGCCUCGCCGUCUGCUUCCUCGUGCUCACCUACAACCUGCUCGGCGGGUUCCUGUUCCUGGCGCUGGAGGGCGCCACUGAAGCCCCGGACUCGGCCGUGGCCGCCUCCAAGCCGCACCCGCUGCCGCCGCCGCCCGACUUGCGAGCGCGCACCGUCGAGCGGCUCUGGUCCAUCACUGAGGACCUCAAUAUACUCUAUAAGGAGAACUGGACGAAGCUGGCGGCGAAGGAACUCCUAGAGUUCCAGCAGGUACUGAUGACGCGGCUCCGCGGCGCGCCCGAACCCGGCGCCGCGGAGCCCGAGUACCGCUGGACCUUCUCCAGUAGCUUCCUCUACGCGCUCACGCUCAUUACUACUAUAGGUCACGGCAACGUGACGCCGAAGUCCGCGGCGGGCAAGCUGGUGGCGGUGGCGUACGCGUGCGUCGGCAUCCCCAUCAUCAUGCUGUACCUGUCCACCAUCGGCGAGGCGCUGGCGCGGCGCGUGCGGGCGCUGUACUCGCGCCUGCCGCGGGCCGCGCCGCGCCGCAAGCCGGGGGCCGGGGGCGGGCUGGGGGCGGGGGGCGGGCCCGGGCCGGGGGCCGCGGCGCCGGAGCCCCCCCGCACGCCCUUCCAGGCCGCGCUCAACCUGGCCGCGCUGGGCGCCGCGCCGCGCGCCUGCCGCGCCCACACGCGCGUGCCCGUGCCGCUCAGCCUGCUGCUCAUCGCGCUGUACGUGGCGCUCGGCGCCGCCGUGUUCCGCGCCACCGAGGACUGGUCGCUCGUGGACGGCUGCUUCUUCUCGUUCUCGAGCCUCGCGACGAUCGGCUUCGGCGACCUGCGGCCGGGCCGGGGCGCCGGCGCCGCCUCGGCGAAGGCGGAGGACGUCGCCGUCGGCGUCUGCUGUAUAUACAUCCUCGUCGGCAUCGUGGUGAUAGCGAUGUGCUUCAACCUCAUCCAGGAGGACCUGAGCGCGACGCUGCGCGGCGUGGCGGGGCUGUGCGCCCGAGGCGCGGUGCACGACGGGCGGGCGCAGCGCCACAAGCCGCCCGGGCCCGCGCCCGCGCCCGGCGCCGCCGCGCGGCCGCAGGUCAGCUUCCGCGUCGACGCGCUCAACCCGACCAAGUUCAACUCGCUGCCGCGCCGCAAGUCCUCGUCCCCCUCGCAGGACGCGUUCCAGCGCGGCGCGCCGGCGCGGCGCUCGGCGGGCGCGGGCGCCGGCGCCUGCCGCGAGUACUUCGUGCCGCGCAGCCUCAGCGAGUUCAACCUCAGCGCCAUCGCGAUGCCAUUACAGAGAUUGGCAGGAGGAGGGAGGGUGACACGCGUCGCCGGCCGGCGUCCAGCCGACGAGGCGGCCGCUGAUUGGUCGCCCGCGGCUCACGCGCGCCUGCUGCUGCUGACGACAGGCCGCUGA